UUGCUCCCGCGACAGUUUCGAGUGCCCGGCCGACCGAAGAGGAACACACCCAGGAACACACCCAGGAAUACACCCAGGAAUACACCCAGCGAUGGAGCCACAGCAGCAGGACACGCCCGUGUAUGCCAACUACGAGGACAUGCGCAACUCCGGUCCGACUAGUUCCACGGCCUACAUGAUCAACAUGGGUCCCGGCGGAGUUCCGCCCCAGGAGCAGCCAGCUCGGGGUCCCGGUGCCACUCAGCAGUACCGUGGCUUCAAGACUUCCGAGAACGAGCCCAGGGGCGUCAUGGAGUGGGUGGUGACCUUCUUCUCCGUGAUCAUCUUCAUCAUCACCUCGCCCAUCGCCAUCUUCAUUUGCUUCAAGGUGGUGGCCGAGUACGAGCGGGCCAUCAUCUUCCGGCUGGGCAGACUGAGUGGCGGGGCUCGGGGUCCGGGCAUGUUCUUCAUCCUGCCCUGCAUCGAUGAGUACCGCAAGGUGGACCUGCGCACGGUCACCUUCAAUGUGCCGCAGCAGGAGAUGCUGACCAAGGACUCGGUGACGGUCACCGUGGACGCGGUGGUCUACUACCGCAUCAGUGAUCCCCUCUACGCGGUGGUCCAGGUGGAGGACUACAGCAUGUCCACCCGCCUGCUGGCGGCCACCACGCUGCGUAACAUCGUCGGCACCCGCAAUCUCUCCGAGCUGCUCACCGAGCGCGAGAUCCUCGCCCACACCAUGCAGUCCACCCUGGAUGAUGCCACCGAGCCCUGGGGCGUCAUGGUGGAACGUGUGGAGAUCAAGGACGUCUCGCUGCCCGUGUCCAUGCAGCGGGCGAUGGCCGCCGAAGCGGAGGCUGCCCGCGAUGCCCGCGCCAAGGUGAUUGCCGCCGAGGGUGAGAAGAAGUCCGCCACUGCACUCAAGGAGGCCUCCGACGUCAUCUCCUCCAGCCCCUCAGCCCUGCAGCUGCGCUACUUGCAAACCCUGAGCAGCAUCUCGGCGGAGAAGAACUCCACGAUCAUCUUCCCCCUGCCCAUGGAGCUGCUGACUCCGUACCUGGCCAAAUAUGCCCACAUGAUGCCACAGCCCCCUCAGCAGCCGUCACAAUUGCCGGAGAAGGCCGACACCGUGCUGCUGGAUGCGCAGGCCGCCUGGCCAAAAACCAACCUAUGAUAUAUUCCACAACGUAUUGCGCAGAUACCGUAGUUAUUGAGUAUUUCUGCUUUUUUUUUUAUUGAAAAACACCACUGAGGAACACGGUAUUUGAACUCAUGUUUAUAUUUAAUUUUUAAUAAAAUAUAAACAACAUUCCAAAGUUGUUAAAAAAAAAAAAAUUGAAAUCAGUUUGAAAAAAAAAAUGUUCUCUUGAUUAAAUACAUAUGGAUAUCAACGUGUUAUACCUCUGCACCUAAGCUGAUUCUGAUUCUGUACAAUAAUCUGACGUUCAUAACUAGACUAGGUUUCAUAAUUUUUCUUUAAUUUUAAGCCUAAUUUUGACUUAAAAUUACAAUACCAAAUUUAUGAGAAGCACUACUACAAACUUUAUACUCUUUUGUAUGUUUCUGGUUUAACAUUCUUUAAUUCUGCUUUGAAAUUUUUAAUUUAAAUUUAUGUGGCCUUUGGUUUUAAAAGGUCUGCAAGACUUACAAAUUAAAGACAAAUAAAAAAGGCGUUUAAAAUAAAAUUUAACCCAGAUUUGCAAAGUA